AUGGGGGAGGCAGAGCCGGCGACGUCGCCAUCCACACACCACAAGAUCGUGGCGCUCGAGACCCUGUUCGUGCCCCUGCCGUCGAAGUUCCGCGUGCCCGAGGGCCACACGUACGAGGUAACCGAGUACGCGCGGACGCGGCCGGGCGAGGUGGCCGAGCGCAUCCGCGACGCCGACAUUGUCGUCAUGACCAUCGUGCCCGUGACGGCGUCGGACAUCGCGGGCGCCGCCCACCUGAAGAUGAUCAGCGUCGUGGCCUCGGGGACCGAUACCGUCGACCUGGCCGCCUGCCGCGAGCGCGGCGUCCACGUUGCCAACUCCCCCAACUGCAAUGAAGGGUCCGUCGCCGAGCAUGUGAUUGCCCUCUACUUUUCGGCGCGGCGCUCCGUGCCCCUGGUCAACGCCCUCGUCCGCGCGGGACAGUGGCCGGUGCGCGGUUUCUUGGGGCGGACACUGGAUGGACCUCACGGUAAGCCUCCCACGACGUGCAAUGGCGAGGUCAUGGGGAUCAUCGGAUACGGCUCCGUAGGCAAGAGGGUAGAGACCAUUGCCAAGGCGCUGGGUAUGGCUGUGCUGGUUGCUGGGCGGAAAGGCCAGAAGGAGGUGGCCGAGGAUCGCGUUCCCUUUGAUACGGUGAUUCGUGGGUCUUCAGUCCUGGUCCUCUGCCUGCCGCGGUCGCCGGAGACGCUCAACACUAUUGGUAAAGCCGAGCUAGAUGCCAUGCCGCGGUACUCGGUUCUAGUAAAUGUCUCCCGCGGUGGCAUCGUGGACGAAGAAGCGUUGGUGGCGGCUUUGAAAACCAAGAAAAUUGCUGGCGCGGCGACUGAUGUCUUCAUGACCGAGCCGGCCAGUCCCAGUAACAGCCCGCUCCUCGCUCCGGGCACAGAAGAACUGAAUCUCGUGACAACUCCACACGUUGCGUGGUGUGCAGAAGACACAAACUACAAUUACAACGAGAAUCUGAAGAAGAACAUUUUCUCCUGGUUAGAAGGGCGGCCCACCAACACGGUGGUAUAG